GUCCCAGAACCUGCAGGUUUGGCUCUGUCAUGGCCUCCCCCCUCAUAGAUCAGCAUUGUGGAUUAGUGGAGGGGAGGCGACUGUAAAUCCCCACUGUCGUGCUGAUCUGGAUUUAAACGCUGGACAGAUACAUUGUGGUUUGAGGAUAGUAGCAGUCGAGCCGGUACAAUGGAUACGAACAUGCGCAAAUUUACGGUGAGAAGAUGGUUUUCCGUGUACCUGCGCAGAAAGUCGCGAUCCAAAAGCUCGAGUUUAUGCAAACUAGAGGAUGACAGCAUCUUAAAGGAGUUUGAUAUCAGCCAUCAUGUGAAGGAGGGCUUUGAGAAAGCAGACCCGUCACAGUUUGAGCUGCUCAGGGUGUUGGGUCAGGGCUCCUACGGAAAGGUGUUCUUGGUUAGAAAAAUCAAAGGUUCAGACACAGGACAACUCUAUGCCAUGAAGGUCUUAAAAAAAGCAACAUUAAAAGUGCGGGACAGAGUGAGAUCGAAAAUGGAGAGAGACAUUCUUGCAGAAGUGAAUCAUCCCUUCAUUGUCAAACUCCACUAUGCCUUUCAGACAGAAGGAAAGCUGUACCUUAUAUUGGACUUUCUCAGAGGGGGAGAUCUUUUCACACGCCUCUCAAAAGAGGUAAUGUUUACUGAGGAAGAUGUGAAGUUCUAUUUGGCUGAGUUGGCCUUGGCUUUGGAUCAUCUUCAUAGUCUGGGCAUCAUCUACCGUGAUCUUAAACCAGAGAACAUUCUCCUUGAUGAAGAAGGCCACAUAAAGAUCACAGAUUUUGGCCUGAGCAAAGAGGCAAUCGACCAUGACAAACGAGCGUACUCGUUCUGUGGGACCAUUGAGUACAUGGCCCCAGAGGUGGUCAAUAGACGAGGUCACGCUCAAAGUGCUGACUGGUGGUCCUUUGGUGUCUUAAUGUUUGAAAUGCUGACUGGAUCCCUGCCAUUUCAAGGCAAAGACCGCAAAGAGACAAUGGCACUUAUUCUCAAGGCAAAACUCGGUAUGCCACAGUUCCUCAGCCCAGAAGUCCAGAGUUUACUGCGGGCUCUUUUCAAAAGAAACCCUUCCAAUAGAUUAGGUGCAGGACCUGAUGGAGUUGAAGAAAUCAAGCGGCAUAUAUUUUUUGCAACAAUAGACUGGAAUAAAUUGUACAGACGAGAAAUCAAGCCUCCCUUCAAACCAGCAGUGGGCCGACCAGAGGACACAUUCCACUUUGAUCCUGAGUUUACCACCCGCACACCGACAGACUCACCCGGUGUUCCACCCAGCGCUAACGCACACCAGCUCUUCCGCGGCUUCAGCUUUGUGGCCUCUAACCUGGAUCAAGAACCACCACUGGCUGAGACCAAACAAAACUCUGUGAACCCAAUAGUACAGCAACUUCAUGGCAACAACAUUCAUUUCACUGACGGCUAUGAGCUGAAGGAGGAUAUCGGCAUUGGAGCGUAUUCGGUCUGCAAACGUUGUGUCCACCGAAUCACCAGUGUGGAGUACGCUGUCAAAAUCAUCGACAGAGCCAAGAAGGACCCGUCUGAAGAGAUUGAGAUUCUCCUGCGAUACGGCCAGCACCCAAACAUCAUUACUCUGAAAGAUGUCUAUGACGAUGGCAAGUUUGUGUAUCUGGUGAUGGAGCUGAUGAGAGGAGGAGAGCUGCUGGACCGGAUCCUGCAGCAGAAGUGCUUCUCAGAGCGCGAGGCCUCAGCUGUGCUCUGUACCAUCUCCAAGACUGUGGAGUAUCUGCAUUCACAGGGGGUUGUGCAUCGAGACUUGAAGCCCAGUAACAUCCUGUACGUCGAUGAAACGGGCGACCCAGAGUCCAUCAGAAUAUGUGAUUUUGGGUUUGCCAAACAGUUAAGGGCUGAAAAUGGUCUGCUCAUGACACCGUGCUACACUGCAAAUUUUGUAGCUCCUGAGGUCCUGAAGAAACAGGGAUAUGAUGCCGCCUGCGAUAUCUGGAGCCUGGGAAUCUUACUCUACACCAUGCUGGCAGGUUUCACGCCGUUCGCUAACGGCCCUGACGACACACCAGAAGAGAUCUUGGCUCGCAUUGGCAGUGGGAAAUAUGCCCUUUCUGGAGGCAACUGGGACACAGUGUCUGACGCAGCCAAGGACAUUGUAUGUAAAAUGCUGCAUGUGGACCCUCAUCAGCGGCUGACGGCUCCUCUUGUUCUCAGACAUCCCUGGAUAGUGAACCGCGAUCAGUUAUCUCAGAGCCAGCUGAUCAGACAGGACGUGCAGCUGGUGAAGGGGGCAAUGGCUGCCACAUACUCAGCUUUGAAUCGGUCACCUCAGGCCCCAAAACUGGAGCCAGUGCUUUCUUCUUGUCUGGCUCAGAGAAGAGGCAUGAAAAGACUCACAUCCACUCGUUCAUAGCACUCCAGCCAGACACAUGAGCUUCUACAGCUUUAAGAAAUGUCAGAGCGCUCCGGCUUCGGACAAGCCACCAGACGACCGCCAGAGCAUCCGGAGCAGAGUGGAAAAAUUGGAUUGACCACAGAGUGUCAGAGCAAUCUCCAAAGAGCGACAAAUGAUCUGCCAAGUGUCUCUGCUGAUGUCAAGAGAUUGAUGAGGGCCAGAUGCAAACAUCACAGCUAUCAGGGCUGAAAAACAGAUCUUCUAGAGCAUGACACUGGUGUUCUGUGUGUGUGUGUGUGUGUGUGUGUGUGUGUGUGUGUGUGUCUGUCUGUCUGUCUGUCUGUGUGUGUUCCACCCCUGUGGACUUCAGGAGUGGCGCAUCAUGAAGUCUGUAGUUUUAACGGUGCAUAACAAAGAUCACAGUUAUCAUUCCCAAACUGUUGCUAUCACUUACUGCAGACACUUGGAUUAGAGCCAUGUAGAAGAUGCUGUGGUCUAUCAUGGUGACCGUGCUGCACCUUUAGCAGUGUGCCAGCAUUAAUAGCAUCUUUUGAACAUGCAUGCCAUGUACAGGAUGUAUUUUUAUGACAAACAAAUGGUUCUAACAUGCUAAUGAAAGCACAAGGAACAUCGUUGAUGUUGUUUUUGUUUUUCUAACCUUCUGUAAUGUCCCAGUUUUACUUUUUUAGUUUAUCUUUUUGGGGAUUUUAUUGGUCUUAUGUAAUCCUGAGACUAUAGAAAAGAGCCGUUUUUAAUUGUAAUGUUUCUAUUUUUAUUUUAUUUUUUCCCUAUUGCGUAUUUGCACCACAAUAGUUUUAUUUAUUUAUUUAUUCAUUCAUGCUUUCAUUCAUUCAUGUUUUUGUUAAUAUAACAGUUAAUUUAUAUUUAUGAUUAUUUAAAUAUUUAUGUUUUUUAAAUAUGUCUGCUACCUUUUUCAUCUAUUUAUUUUUAAGUGACCUUUAUGCAUAAACAUGAAACCUAAACAAGUGCCACACUUUACACUAGAUAAACUGAAUGAUGAUAAAAAUAAAAAAUAAAAAUUCCAUCAUUCUUCCAUUAAAUGUCACAAAUAGCCUAUAUGCAUUAGCUCAUGACCAUGUAUUAGGAAAUCUGUUUUCGACACAUAGCGCUCUCUGUUCUGUGAAACUUGAGGAUAUUCAGAAAUUAUGUUUGCAUGCCAUACACAAUUUGUAGCAGCCUCUGAAAGAUUAAUGAUAGCAGUACAGAUGAAAAUAACCUUUUUUUUUCUUUUCCUUUUUUAUGAUAACGCGACAGUCCAGUAUUUUUAUGAAUGUGAUCAACACAUUUUCCAAAAUGAAGCUCUGAAAUGUAGAGAAACACCUUCUGGGCUGUUUGAGGACCUUCAGCCAAACUUUAUCUUCUGUUGGUGUGGCUUAUUUUUUUACAGGUGAAAAGCUUUACAUUUUGUGUUGUUGUUGUUGAUGAUGCUGAUUGUUUUUUUCCCCUUCUGUUUUAACAAUACCCCAAAACGGGUAUAUGUCAGCGCAUAAGAGCUUCUACUAGCUUAUGUUAAUGCUGUACAUCUGAUGUAGAGACUCUACCAAACAGCAAGAGCAUUAGGAUCUGUCCUUGCUAGAAAAGAAAUUAUACUCUUAUGCCUUGUGUUGGCUUGUAUUCCAACAAUUUAUAAAUAAACAACAUAAAAGUGUGAUCAAA